UUUGAAAAGCGCAAGAGUCAGAAACACGAGAGACACAGACACAGACAAGACAGACUACGCGCUGCGAAGACAACUCACAGCCAUGACAAACUACCCAUACCAGCUGGCCAUCGAGCAGGGCGAGGCCAGCUGGCCCGUGGCUCAGAGCGCACCUUUGUACGCGUACAAGUCCUUGGUGCGACGGGUGGCCAUCGCCUUUCCCUCACCUCACCCUUACCGUCUCAAAAUCAGGGUUCCAUUGACGAGGAAAGAGGUGGAGGAUCGUCUGACGGCCAUUGGCGAGAUUGACGAAGAGGCGCCCCUGCAGCAGAAGCGACGGGGCCACUAUGUUCCCUCACUGGUUGACGUGGGCCGCAUCUACAACUCCCAGCACAACACGCGAAUGCACCACCGUGCACACGUGCUUGCAUCAGCACCAACAAGUCAACAGCAGCAGGAGCUGGAGGAAGAUGCGGUAGCAAUGGAGGCACAGCAAGUUGGGCCGAAAAAGCUCGCUGAUGAUGACGAUGACGAAGGGGUGCAGGAUGCAUCCGCACACGACACCCCGACCAAGCAGGCGCCCAAGGAAUCAUCAGAACAGAUGGCGGCGCUGCAAGCCGAGCUUGACCGACUCAAGCGAAUGAUUGCAGACGUUGUUGUGCAGCAGGAGCAGAUGGCACAGCAGACACCACGCCAUCCCUCCACACCAUCAAUGUCCACAACAGCACCACCACCACCACCGCCCCCACUUCCAUUCGUCGCGGGUUCGGGUGCGCCACCACCACCGCCGCCUCCGCCACCACCGCCUGGCCUGCUCGAUGCGAAGCAGAAGCCAAGCAUCCAGGAAAUUAUCCGUGCAAACAAAAAGGGACAGAAGGUUCCGUAUGAGAAGGACAAGCGACCAAGCAUGGCCGAUGUGUUGAAGGACUUGGGCACUGUUAAGCUGCGCUCGGUUCAGCGCUCGCCAGGCGGCACACCCAUCGCAUCACGCAAGCGCGAGUCGAUGCCUGCAACCAACGAUCCCGCUGCGCUGAUUGCGGCCGCGCUGAAGAAGAAGUUUGCCCAGCGGCGCAAGGCGAUGCGUGAGGACGAGGAAGAGGAAGAUGAUGAGGACUGGGCCGACAAGGAAAACGAAAUUAUCGCACGACGCAAGACCAAGGCGGCAGCAGCAAAGGAGCAGCCUGCGUUUGGGCGCCACCUCCUGAAGAAGACCAACACACCUGUUGCGCAGGAGUGAACACAUUCACGGUGAUGGCGUUCGCAUGCAUGGGUGUUGCCUAAGGUUGCUUGCACGUUUGCGUCUGCAUUCUUGUUGUUGUUGUGUGUGCGUAUAUGCGUAUGUGCGCAUGUGCGUAUGUGCGUAUGUGCGUAUGUGAAUGCCCUGUCUUCCUCCUCUUCCUUUUUCUCUCUCUCGUGUGUGUCGUUGUUGCUUUUUCUCUCCUCUCCAGAAAGGUCAUUCCAAUACACACAUGCAUCAGUUUCAUCCCGAAUUGCGUUUGUGGUGGUGUUCGUUGGCUUGUUAUUGUGACGGGAAUAAAUCAGACACAACAGCA